GACCACUAAAUAUACCAGAGACCCAGGAAACUCAAGGACUUAUGGAUGGUGAAAAAACGGAACAAUGGACAUUUUCUUUCUUGGAUAAUCAGAGGUAUUACAAAUUCCAAGAAGCACACAGUUUUCCUUGACAGGUCUUUAUAGCACCAUUAGCUAGCAUCAUUCAAACUUAAAGCAUCAUAUACUACUAACGUUGAAAAUGGAUUUCAAUGGGAGCCAGGACUAUGGGUCCUAUCCAACAGGGCUGCCCUUUAACACAAGCAUGGACUAUGAGGAUUACUACCAGGAGCCUGAUGCCAGUAAAAUCAUAAUUCCAUCCAUCUAUGCUCUUGUCUGCUGCGUCGGUCUUACUGGCAAUGCCAUGGUCAUCUACGUCAUUCUAAAAUACGCCAAAAUGAAAACAGCUACUAACAUUUAUAUCCUCAACUUGGCUAUUGCUGACGAGUUGUUCAUGUUGAGUGUUCCUUUUCUGGCCACAUCGGCUGCUGUCCGCCAUUGGCCCUUCGGUUCGCUGAUGUGUAGAUUGGUGCUCAGCGUAGAUGGAAUCAAUAUGUUUACAUCAAUCUUCUGUCUGACUGUGUUGAGUGUGGACCGUUACAUAGCAGUGGUCCACCCUAUAAAGGCGGCCCGCUACCGCAGACCCACUGUGGCCAAAGUGGUGAAUGUGUGCGUAUGGGGGCUGUCACUGAUAGUCAUCCUGCCCAUCAUUAUCUUCGCAGACACAGUCCCAGCACAGGAUGGUGGGGUGGACUGUAACUUCUUGUGGCCUGAAUCUGCAUGGUCAGAAGCAUUUGUGGUCUACACCUUCCUGUUGGGGUUUCUACUGCCGGUCGGGGCCAUUUGCCUCUGCUACUGUUUGAUGGUGGCCAGGAUGCGAGCUGUUGGGCUAAAAGCAGGCUGGCUUCAACGGCGGCGCUCGGAGAAGAAGAUCACCCGGAUGGUGCUGCUGGUCGUGGCUGUGUUCGUUAUCUGCUGGAUGCCCUUCUACAUCGUCCAAUUGGUCAGCGUUUUCCACAGGCCCCCAGACCCCAUGGUGACUCAGCUGUUCGUCAUCCUCAGCUACGCUAACAGCGGCGCCAAUCCUAUCCUGUACGGCUUUGUUUCUGACAAUUUCCGGCGUUCCUUCCAGCGCAUUGUGUGUUUCCGCUGGCUGGAGUCUGGGCUGGAUGCGGAACAAGUGGAUUACUGUGCUGUGGCUUUGAAGAGACAAACAGCAUGUAACCCUUUGGAUUUUCCCAAGGACUGUAUGGCUUCUGAUAUGGUGUUUCGCAAUGGGACAUAUGCCUCCCGUACAACCACAGUGUAACCAGAACAGGGGCUAAAACAAGUAGCUUUCACCUAUGGAGGAUCGCAACUGUGCAAUUUCAACAUUGAAUAGAGAACCCUGAAGAACAACUAAAGGACCAGCAGGAAUUGUUCAGCAGCUGACUGAUAUGUUAAGAGAAAAACUGAAAAAGGAAGAUAUUUAUAACUGUUAAGAUCCCACUUAUUAUCUGUUUCGAAGUGGGCCAGAAUGUAAAGCCCAGGUGAAUGUAAGCACAACAUGGUAUGCUUAUUAACAUUUUGAUACUGUUACAUAACUUGUAACAAUGGACAUUUUACAAAAUUGCACUGUGGAGCUUAUGGUUGAAUAAAAGCAUUGUUAAGAGGGACUUCAAUCCUUGUAAGAGUUGGAAUGUGUGACGCAGCUGCUAUGUGUGUAGACAAAGUUUACAAAUUGCCUCAUUAACGUUAUCAGCAUUGGGUUUAAACCCAAAAUAUUGCCACAUUGGUGCUUUUGCUUUUCGCUUUGUAUCCAAAUCCUGAUUUUCCAUCUAGUCAACCCAGUAUCGUCAUGUUUAGGGUGAACUCUGCUGCUGCUGUAUGGGGCAUACCGUUACACUUUUCCUCACAAAAAUAGGUUGACAUUACAUUACAUUUUGUAUAACACCCAUAUAGGUUUUUCCUUAAUUUUUAACAACUUUGAGAUAGUUU